AUGCUGAUGAUGGGAGUGUCCGACGCGGUGAUGUGCCGAGCUUUUUACUCAACCCUGUCAGGUCGGGCAGCUGAGUGGUUCGCGUCUCUUGAACCAGGAUCCAUCGCCGAUUUUUCCGAGCUAGCAAGGAAGUUUGUUCAUCGCUUUGCCGUUUCGAGGGCCGCCAAGAAGCACUUUACUUCCCUGGAAAAGGCCAAGCAACGUGAGGGCGAGUCUUUGACCCUCUUCAGCGAACGGUGGAAGGUGGCCGUGGCGGAGAUAGAGCCGGUAGACGAUCGCACUGCGGUCAACUUACUGCUCUCUGCGCUACGGGCGGGGCCUUUAUACCAGGACCUCGUCCUUAAUCAGCCGAACAUCUACGAGGAGGCCCUGAGAAGGAUGACCGACCACGCGAUAGCUGAAGAAGCCAAUGCCGCCAAGCGCAUGCAAGAAUCUGGAGGACAAAGUCGAAGAGACGUGAGACGACAGCCCGACCCAAGAAGGAAGGAUCAGGAUGGGAAUCCGAUCUACACCCCCCUUCGAGACCGAUUGGGGAGAUCCUGGAACAAAUACUGCGCCUAUCACAGGAACCAAGGUCAUGAAACCGACGAGUGCCAUGUCUUAAAGGGGCUGAUCGAAGACCUUUUACGCUCGGGAGAACUGGCGCAAUUUGCUGCCGAGAAGAAAAGGAGCCGACGCCGAGGUUGGAAGAAGUACUUCAAGAAAUCUGACAAAGAGAAGAAGGAUAAGGGACCUGAUCCCGACCAAGAUCCUCCCACCGCCGGAUCGAAACAGAUUAUCCAUGUCAUCUUCGGCGGGCCGGAAGGGGGAGACGAUCCUGAUCGCCUUCGAGCUUGGUCGCGGGACCUGCCCGUGUGCUCGAUUAGCACCGACCAACCAGAGAAGAGACUGAAGGAGGAGUCACUGACCGAGACCUCCCCCUCGGAGGACACCAGUCGGCCGAGGCGUUGGUCAUUACUGUUGACAUCUGCGGAGCCGAGGUCCGAAGAGUGA